AUGGCUGUGACUGACGGCGGGGAGCUCUGGACCUGGGGAUCCAACGUCAAUGCUCAGCUCGGUUAUUCUCUACCGCCUGCCCGGCAGGACAGGGAGCCGAUGAGUGUCAUUCCUCGACAAGUCUUUGGUCCUCUCAAGAAGGAGGUUAUUUUGGGUGUUGCUGCCUCUGCUGUUCACUCAGUCGCACACACGGCAACCUCGCUUUUCUGUUGGGGCAAAAACCUGGGCCAGCUGGCGCUCAUGGACGCCGACUCUAGAUCCCUCGAAGUGCAAGUUGCGCCGCGAAAAGUAGCAGUCUCUCUAUUCUCCUCUAACAUAGUUGCUGUUUCUGCCAUCGACAAGGCCACGACAAUCCUCUUGGAAGACGGCACCGUGUGCGUAUUCACUAGCUACGGAUACAACUUUGUCAAAUUCCCGAUCCCGGAUGUCUUCGCGAACCAGCAAUUUACGCCUCGGUCCAUGUCUAGCCGGUAUGACAUGUCGAGGAACUCAAUCAAAGCGAUCACUUCAGGAGGAGAUUCUAUCGCUGCCCUGACAACGAGAGGCGACGUUUUCACUGUUGCGCUGAACCAAAGAGCAGAGGCAGCCCCUCAAGCGGCCUCGACCACGAAUCCUGCGAAGAUCAAGGGCGCCCUCACAGCUCCUCAGUGCAUCUGGAACGCGCGAAAAGACGGCGCCAGGUCAAUUGGCGUCGGCGAACAUGGUUCUGUCAUCAUCUGCACGGAUUCUGGUGCCGUCUGGCGCCGCAUCAAACGCAUGAAGGCCAAAGACACCAGGCUAUCAGGACCAUCAGGCAACAAGCGCAACGACUACAAGUUCCAGCGAGUCCCCAGCGUCACCAAUGCUAUCGCUGUCCGAAGCUCUCCGUUUGGCGCCUUUGCGGCCAUUCGCAAGGACUGUGAUGUUAUGAGAGAGCAAAUCAGUAUCGACGGGCAGACAUUGUGGGCGAACAUAUCGCCGUUGUCAGCGCUCAGGAGGUUCCAGGCAUCUGAACCUCUUCACGGCCAUAAGAAUAGCUCGACGUUGGGAGAUCCUGAGAUCUGGAGGGAGCGACUGGGGAAUCUUCCUUAUGAGCUCCUUCAAUCUUCGAACCUCAAUGCCGACCUGGAGAAGCACCUGCACUUCACAUCGCCUCAGCACUCAGGGCUCGACGUACUCAUCUGCACCUCAACAACUCCCGAGAUCAAGGUUCCCGUCCACGGAUGGCUCAUCUCGGCGCGGAGCAGUGUCGUGCGAGGCGCAUUGGCUGAGUAUCGCGCCCAUGGCCGAUAUGAAAUGCCGGAAACUCUACUGAUAGAAGAGCAUCAAGGAAAAGCCUUGAUCAUCUUCCAGUCGCUUGAUCUUCUCUCUAUCAUCAACCUUAUUGUUUACUGCUACGACGAUGUUGUUGUUCCUGCAUGGAACUUUACGCGCCAAUCAUCGCAGGCACCUCGGUACCGCCAGAUCAGGAACGAACUCAUGAAACUCGCCACCAAGCUUCACAUGGCGAAACUCGAGGUUGCUGUGCGUCUUCAAACGAGCACCGAGCGAUCUUUGGAUCAAGAUAUGAAAAGCGCCAUCCGAGACGUAGAGUUUUUCGAUGAUGCUGAUGCCAUGGUUGAGCUCGAAGACGACGAAGUACGUGUACACAGCCAGCUCCUUCGUCAACGCUGUGCCUUCUUUGAGGGGCUGUUCCACGGUCGAUCAGGGGGCAUGUGGCUAGCAGGCCGGCAGCAUGUCCUUGAGGAAGAGGAUCUUAUUCGAGUGGAUCUUGAGCACGCCGACCCCGAAGCGUUCCAAUAUGUGCUUCGACACCUUUAUGCCGAUGUGGGGCUCGAGCUCUUCAACGAUGUCGUCUCUUCUGAUCUCGACGAGUUCUCGGACCUUGUGGUGCGGGUCAUGAGCAUCGCCAACGAACUGAUGUUGGACAGGCUUUCGCAAAUCUGUCAGCACAUUAUUGGACACUUCGUCAAUACAAGGAACAUUGGCUUGCUGUUGAAUGAGAUCAGUCCCUGCUCCGUCACUGAGUUCAAAGAUGCUGGGCUGGAAUACGUUUGCCUUCAGAUGGAGACCAUGCUGGAGAAUCACUUCCUGGAUAACCUGGACGAAGAAUUGCUGAGUGAACUGGACGACGUCGUCCGCCAGAACCAAUUGGCACGGUAUCCAAUUGCUCGUAGUGGGCGGGCUGAAAGACUACUGUAUGAGCUCUAUCCCGAGCUGACGCUUGAUAUCGAGGAAGAGCGUAUCAUACGAGUCAAGGAGAUGGCAUUUAAAGCUGCCACAGAUGACCGAAAGACUUCGGUCCCGUACCGCACCCGAUUCGGCAGCGUUGAAGAUGUGUCAGGAAUUUCCCCCAUCCAGGGCAUUGAAAAGACGAGACGCAAGUCCAAGGUCAAUCGGAACGAACCUUUCAGUCCUAUGCUUCGUCCGAAGGAUUCGCACGCUGAUCUCAUGUUCGAUAUGGAUGACGAAGCACAACCUAUCAGUGCAAGUCCGCUGCGGUCUCCGGGACAAAAGCUCCCCAAUGCUCAACCCUCUCUCUCCAAAGGAAGGGUUGAUGAGAGCACCAAGGCCUCCCCUCAGCCCAACUCAUUGAACAUGGCCGAAUCGGCACGGUCUCCGGGCUCUGUAUCUCCUCUAGCCGAUCCAACGCAGUCGCCAUUUACUCCGAAAACACCAAGAGGAGCGGGCAAGGACAAAACUCUGGCAUCGAACAGUCCCUGGGGCGCAACACCUCUGUCGACCUCCAAGCUAGACCUGCGCGAGGUCAUGACGGCUACGCCACCAAAGUCGGCCCUCUCGGCAAGCUUGGCCGCGCAGAACACCAAGGAAUCGUCGCCUCGAGCUUCUCAGCCCAGGAUGUCCCAGAAAGAGAGGAAGAAGCAGCAGCAAGCGCAGGCUGCUGUGCAAGCCGCCCAGGAACUUGAAGCUCGUCAUCCUAAGGCUGCCUGGGAACCCGAGACUUCUGCGAACAAAUUGGCGCCAUGGAAAGCUGUCGAAUCGGGUCCCAAGGCGUCACUCAAGGAUACGCUGGCAUCAAGCUCGGCGGCCAAGCCCACCCCUCCAGCCGCUGUGCCCAAGGCGAAGCCGCUCGUUGCCGCUGAAACUGCUUCCUCAAAGUCGAUUCGGCCGCACCGCGUCUCCAGACACGCGUUUCUCAGGACAGAGCCGCGGGAACAGCUCACCCGCCGUGCCGACGGCAUCUACAGCACGAGACUCGCCGAAGCCAUUGGUGCCACAUUCCAAGUCGUACAUGACGCCGGCACGCAAGAACGAGUCGUAUCUUGGGUUGGUUUACCUGCCUCGCCCUACAAGUUGGUUCGUCUCGGGAAGGGGGGUAAAAGAGGAGUCACCGGGUCCGUAUCAGGGCCUGUGGAUGGCUGGACCAUGGCGGCGCCUGUCGAGGCUGUCGCUUGGAUGUGUCGAUGUGAGGCAGGAAGCGGGAAGACGAGAUAUGGGAACGGCCAGAUGACUCAGCUUGCAAGGGCACGUAUGCCUAGGGGCAGGCAGACCGGAGGGCAGGCAUCUGGACACGGCAGGCAGCCUCAGCAGCAGCCUAGGUGGCUUUGGCAGCCUGAACCACACCCUGGGAAAUGGUGCCAUUCGCACACCUCAAUGGAUGGUGGAUGGAAGGCGGGCAGGCGGGACAGAGGAUGA